GAGAAGCCUUGGUCAUCAUGCCAGCCUGUGAACGCUGGCUGCGCCUCCCAGCUUCUCGAGGUAGCCCUUUUGUGCAGACUGUCUGGGUGGCACAGGCUUGCCCCAACUGUUGCUGCUUCCCAGGGUUUCUCCGUCCGUUCACCCAGCCGUGUGUGCCCCGUGUGCUGUGGAGGGGCAUGCGUGGGACUCUGCUUCCUCCACGAUCCGACCCGGCACCCCCCUCCUCAUCCCCACCGCCCUGCCCUGACCCCCGACUCUGCCCUCCACCCUCUACACCUGAUUGUAGGCAGGAAAAAAAUACGCAGUCUGGGCUGUCAUAUCAAAAAGGCGGACCUGAGAAGCUGCCCACAAUGAAUGGCCCCGAGGAUCCCCCUGAGUCCUAUGACUUCGACCUCAUCAUCAUUGGAGGAGGCUCAGGAGGGCUGGCGGCCGCUAAGGAGGCAGCCAAAUUUGACAAGAAGGUGCUGGUCUUGGAUUUUGUCACACCAACUCCUCUUGGAACUAGAUGGGGUCUAGGAGGAACGUGUGUGAAUGUGGGGUGCAUACCUAAAAAGUUGAUGCACCAGGCAGCUUUGUUAGGACAAGCCUUGAAAGACUCACGCAACUAUGGAUGGAAAUUCGAGGACACAGUCAAGCAUGAUUGGGAGAAGAUGACAGAGUCCGUGCAGAAUCACAUCGGUUCGCUGAACUGGGGCUACCGAGUAGCUCUUCGGGAGAAGAAGGUCGUCUAUGAGAACGCCUACGGGAAAUUCAUUGGGCCUCACAAGAUUAAGGCAACAAAUAACAAAGGCAAAGAAAAAAUUUAUUCAGCAGAGCGGUUUCUCAUUGCCACUGGGGAAAGGCCACGCUACCUGGGCAUCCCUGGAGACAGAGAGUACUGCAUCAGCAGUGACGACCUUUUCUCCUUGCCUUACUGCCCGGGCAAAACCCUAGUGGUCGGAGCGUCCUACGUUGCUUUGGAAUGUGCGGGGUUUCUUGCUGGUAUCGGCUUAGAUGUCACUGUAAUGGUACGAUCCAUUCUCCUUAGAGGAUUUGACCAGGACAUGGCCAACAAAAUUGGUGAACACAUGGAAGAACACGGUGUCAAGUUUAUAAGGCAGUUCGUGCCGAUUAAAGUUGAGCAGAUUGAAGCAGGGACCCCAGGCCGACUCAGGGUAACUGCUCAGUCCACGAACAGUGAAGAGACCAUGGAAGGCGAAUUUAACACAGUGUUGCUGGCAGUAGGAAGAGAUUCAUGUACCAGAACGAUCGGCUUAGAGACAGUGGGUGUGAAGAUCAAUGAAAAGACUGGAAAAAUACCUGUCACGGAUGAAGAGCAAACCAAUGUGCCUUACAUCUAUGCUAUUGGUGACAUUCUGGAGGGAAAGCUGGAGCUGACCCCCGUGGCCAUCCAGGCCGGGAGAUUGCUGGCUCAGAGGCUGUACGGGGGCUCCACCGUCAAAUGUGAUUAUGACAACGUUCCUACAACUGUAUUUACCCCUUUGGAGUAUGGCUGUUGUGGCCUGUCUGAAGAAAAGGCUGUGGAGAAAUUUGGGGAAGAAAAUAUUGAAGUUUACCACAGCUUCUUUUGGCCAUUGGAAUGGACGGUUCCAUCCCGAGACAACAACAAAUGUUAUGCAAAAAUAAUCUGUAAUCUUCAAGACAACGAACGUGUGGUGGGCUUCCAUGUACUGGGUCCAAACGCCGGAGAGGUGACGCAGGGCUUCGCAGCUGCGCUCAAGUGCGGGCUGACCAAGCAGCAGCUGGACAGCACUAUCGGUAUCCACCCUGUCUGUGCGGAGAUAUUCACAACGUUGUCUGUGACCAAGCGUUCUGGGGGAGACAUCCUCCAGUCUGGCUGCUGAGGUUAAGCCCUGGUGUGGAUGCUGCCGCCAAGACUACAGAGCACUGCCUUGCUUUUGCCCACGUCCAGGUGAAGUUCAGGAAGGCUCUUGAGCUCUCGGCACGGGUGGCUGGGAGAAGGCUGCGGCACCACACUGGGGUCCCCUUGAUGGACAGACAGACAUUCGGCAGUGCAUCAGGAGGAUGCGUUCAUGAAGUCACCAGCCUCAAGCCCAAAGUGGUGGGCAGUGACAGAUCAGCUGUCGGAUUUGUUCAGCCAGACCUGCCCUUUAGCUUGUGUAAUCUCGUUUUCAAGCUGUCUUAUGUCAAUUCUAGUUUCCUUUUUCCUUUUUCUUUUUCUUUUCCCCCAUGGGGUCAAUGAUACUAGAGAUAGGGAAUGUUAGCAAUCAGUUUUGUCCAAAAGCAUGUCGUGGCUGGACAGCCAUCUUACUGUGUGGAAGGGGGAUUAAUUCACUUAUGAGAGCCACACACGUGUGUCCUGAGAAAGAGCAAUUGCCCUAUGACUAAAAUACACUGAGCGUUUUACUGACCUGUGUAGGUAGCAUCAUCUCUUUUAAUAAGCCAUGUGUCAGAAACGAGAAAACCACGGUCCGCUUUCUGCAAGUUUCCCUGCUAUGCCCAUUGCUGAGGCUGCCUAGGAAGGGAGGUGGCUACUUGGCCUGCCCACGUGACCUCCACGGUGGCCUUCACAGUAGUAUAGAUUGUUGCCAUCACAGAGGCUGAUGAACGGCACAUUUCUUUCUUGAUACAGUUGUUGUCCGUUGGUCUGUGUGAGCUGAGAUUGUUUGCUUUAAAAGUCUUGUUUUUGUAAGGUGGAUUUAGUUUUAAGCUUCUGUCUCCUGAGAACUACAUUCAUAGACAAGUAGCUUUUUCCAGACAUAGCACAUAAAUCUUCUGAGGUAAUUACUUUUGUAAGGAAGCUGUUCAUAACAUAAGUUAUUAUUAUUAUUAUUGAACGCAGGUGGAUGUGAAGGAUUUUCAUUGGAAAACCAAAUGGUUUUCCCUUUUUCUGUUGAACGAACCCAGCGAUUUAUCUCCUGGGUUAUGUGACUGUGAGCACGCAGGCCGAGGGCUGUGUCCACGCCAUCUCUCCCCACUUACACAGCCAUCCUGGUCCUGUAGCCCUUUUCCUUGUCCUCGCCUGCAGUACUGAGUGGUGUUUCACACUUCUGGGCCACCUCAGGGAAUGUGUGUUUGCCUAGUGUUCACCCAGGAGCACUGUCCCUGCCCCACAAGGCUCCCCCCCCCAUCCCAUCAGCUUACGUGAAAGCAAUCGGAAGAGGAGGGAAGACGGGUAUGGAGGGCGUCGCCUCUGUUCAGUUUUAUUUAUUUUUAAACAUUUUUUCACCUAAGUCUGCCAGUCUCUGAGAUUAGAAUGACAGUGUAGGGUUAACUGUACCUAAUCAUGUGAUUGUCUUAGUGGAAUGGAAUGUUCUGCCCCCACGAGAAGGAACAGUGGUCAUUGUUUGUGUUCUGUAAUCGCACAAUGUACUGUAACUCAAAUUCCAAUUCCGUGUAUUUUUGUUAAAUUUUCUGGGGAAAAAAUGUGAAACAGUAAAGGUGUUCAUACA